ACACAGCCCACUGGAGCUUUGUUGAUAUUGGCUGCUCCGUCCUUUCACAGGAGGUUAUGUCUUCAGGUCUUUCGGAGGAAGACGAGAGCUUCAAAAGCGCAGAGGAAAGGGAAAGCUAAUUAAGACUUUCACUGUGCGUGAAAUUCGCGCAUCGCUUUCAUGGGUGACGCCUUUCCCAAAACGAGCUCUGGAUCUGGAAGGCGUUGAAGCGGCCACGAUGUCUAACGCUCAGGUUGAGAUCCCAGGACGCGGCUUCCCAGGCCUCUCCGUGGACAUGACGGACGACUGCCUGUCCCGCACCGUGCUCCGGACGCACGGCUUGAACGCGCGGAGGAACUCCUACUGCCUGCAGAAAAUCACCAUGGACAUCGAUUCGCCCCUGUACAGCAGCGCCCUCUCCAAAGCGCUCUCCUGGUCGGCGGAGAACAUCCUGACGCUCACAGAGUCCCGAGUGGAGGAGGAGGAGAAAGCGGACGAGUCUCCGCAGCAGCUGUCUCCCGUCUCCAGCCAGGACGCCAGCGCCGACGCGCCCUCGGUCAGCCAGGAGCCCGACGCGGUAGAGUCCUCCGGAGGAACCUGGCCCUCGGAGCGCAGGUCCAAAGCUCACGAUGCCAGCUCGGACUCUGACAACGAGCUCCAGAACAGACAAAACAAGGUCCUGUCCCGCAUCAUCUUUGACACCCAGUGGGAGCAGGAGGAGAAGGAGGACGUGGAGACCAAAGCGGUGGCGACCUCUCCUGAUGGGAGAUACCUGAAAUUCAACAUAGAGAUCGGAAGGGGUUCCUUCAAGACGGUGUACAAAGGUUUGGACACGGAGACAACAGUGGAGGUGGCAUGGUGUGAGCUGCAGACACGUAAACUGACCAAAGCGGAGCGGCAGCGUUUCAGCGAGGAGGUGGAGAUGCUGAAAGGGCUGCAGCACCCGAACAUCGUCCGUUUCCAUGACUCGUGGAAAUCAACAAUGAAGGGCCACAAGUGCAUCAUCCUCGUAACUGAACUAAUGACCUCGGGCACGCUCAAGACGUACUUAAAGAGGUUCAAGGAGAUGAAGCUGAAGCUGCUGCAACGCUGGAGUCGCCAGAUCCUCAAAGGACUUCACUUCCUGCACACGCGCACUCCCCCCAUCAUUCACCGGGACCUCAAGUGUGACAACAUCUUCAUCACCGGCCCCACCGGCUCUGUUAAGAUUGGAGAUCUGGGGCUGGCCACUCUCAAAAGUGCCUCCUUUGCUAAAAGUGUCAUCGGAACUCCGGAGUUCAUGGCCCCAGAGAUGUACGAGGAAAAGUAUGACGAAGCAGUGGACGUCUACGCCUUGGGAAUGUGCAUCCUGGAGAUGGCCACCUCUGAGUACCCGUACUACGAGUGCCAAAACGCCGCGCAGAUCUACCGCAAAGUCACCAGUGGCAUUAAACCUGACAGCUUCUACAAAGUCAAAGUCCCAGAACUCAAAGAGAUCAUCGAGGGCUGCAUCCGCAUGAUCAAAGAUGAAAGGUACACCAUUCAGGACCUUUUGGAGCACCCCUUCUUCCAGGAGAACAACGGCGUGCACGUGGAGCUGGCCGAGGAGGACGACAUGGUGAAGUCCGGGCUGAAGCUGUGGCUGCGCGUCGACGACACCAAGAAGCUUCACGGGAAGUACAAGGACAACAACGCCAUCGAGUUCCUCUUCGAGCUCUACAAGGAUGUGCCUGAGGAGGUGGCUCAGGAGAUGGUCGUGCUCGGCUUUGUGUUCGAGGCAGACUUCAAAACCGUGGCCAAGGCCAUACGGGACCGAGUGACGGCCAUCAAGAGGCAGAGGGACAAGCUGAGGCGGCAGGCGGAGGAGCGUCGGAAGAAGGAGGCACAGGAAGCGAUAGAGGAAGAGCCGGAGCCCCAGCCAACGUCGCCUAAGGUCAACGAUGUUGGUGCGGCGGAGGCCGUCACCCCGGCCCUGACGCCUCAGGCCCCCAUUUCGUCCCCCAUCACCAGCUCUGCAGACUCCGGUGUCAGCUCCACCUACCCUGCAGAGCCGGAGGAGCCCGAGGCCGAUCAGCACAUCCAUGUCCGCCGCAACAGCCUGUCUUCUGCUAACUCUGACUGCGAAACGGACGGCGACCUGAGUUCCUCCGGUCUUCAGGACCCGCCGGAGGCCGGGGGCUUCAACGCACCCGCAACCCCUCCGACCCCCUCGACCCCUCUAACCACGCAUGCCAACACCCCCGCUGAAAACGGCCUCGCCAUCCCAGCACUUCGCUUCCCCUCGAGUAUUGCAGUUUGCAAUAACACAGAACAUGGCAGCUCAGGUCCUCCAAGCGGGUUCAACUCCCCUGUGGACAGCUACGCCUCCGAUGUAACUUCAGGCUUGAGCGACGGAUACGAAGGCCUGUCCGAGAAGAGUGAGAAAACGGCCGGGAGGCGAACGGCUGCGAAGCUGUUCAGGCGGAGGGCGCGCUCAAGGCUUCGCAUCACAGGGCUUUCUGAUAAAGUGGACCGGGUCGUCGAGUGUCAACUGCAGACACACAACGACAAGAUGGUGACCUUCAAGUUUGACCUGGACGGAGAUAACCCGGAGGACAUGGCUGCUGUCAUGGUUCGAAGUGAAUUCAUCCUGCCAUCGGAGAAGGAGGGUUUUAUUCACCGAAUGGGGGACAUCAUCAAACGGGCCGAGGCUCUGAUGUCUAAAGACCCUUCGGUUCACAACAGCGGGCACCGCCUCGCCCAGCUGGCUUCACAUGGCGUGGUCAACUCGCUGUCUUCUUCACAGCCUAAUCUGCACAGUCACUUUAUGCCUCGAACACAUUCGUCCUCUUCUCUGCCCGACUACAGUGUGGCUAGCCCCAGCGUUGGGGUGCCUGGCUCUCCCCCUUGUCCUAAUGGCGAUGUCCUGAGUUCAGACAUUACUUCAGCUGGGCGACCUCUUAUACGCUCACAGUCUUUCCACAACACCCCAGGGUCUCCUCUUCAUCAUCAUCAUCAUCAGCAGCAACGCCCGUCAUCUCUCGUGUGCCACCAACAGCACUACCAUGUACCCUACAUGGGCCAAACUCACUUCCCGUUCCCAUAUCCAGGAUCUCCAGGGUCUCCAAAGCCAGCGGGGGUGCAUUCCCCCCUCACGCGCGUAGCCAGUAACCCUACCUUUCCUUCUGUUCCCUCCCCAACACCCAGCUCUCCCAGUCCAGUGAAUGACACCCCAAGUCCCACAGUAGAAAGUGUCAACAUGUCCCCACCUGCACCACAGCCUCCCAACAUGUGGCCCCCUCACACUCAGCCAUUAUUCUCCUUAGCUAAUGUGAUCUCCAUGGCCAUGAGCAUGGCUCAGUCUUUCAUUCCCCCUCAAAACAUGCCCACUCAGGUGAUGCCCUCCUAUCCGGGCUUUCACCCCCACCUGCAAGGUCCCAUGGCUCCUCCGUCGGGUUAUCCAGCCGUCUACCCACACCAUUACCAGACUCCACCGCCGUUAGAGGUCCCUUACCCUUCAGCAGGCAUCCCAGUUCAGAACAUCUACCACAGCCCAGAACAUGCUCCGCAGAUGGACGGGCUCGGGUUUUACCAGAACAGCCAUCCACAGUGGCAGCAUCCCGCGUCUCCAGCUUCCAUGCCUUCCACUCCCCCGCUGGCCUCCCCGGAGCCCCUGCAGCAGGUCCGACCAACGGGUUCCCCCGUUCCCCAUAAGGAGGAUGGCGUUGUGGCACCGUACUCAGACCAGGUUCCACCCCAGCUUCAAAGUGGAGCAGGAGGAUCCGUGUCCAAGUCUUCAUCAGAUUCUUCCCCGUCGCCACCAGAGAGCCCAGAUAGCACUGUUUCCUCCUUCAGCAAUCAGCUACGCCCAGCUGGACUUGCAACCGGUACCAGCAGCCCGAAGCCAAAAGCCCCUUCCACUCAAUGUGAAGCCAAACCGGCACCUGUGAUGGUUGGAAGAUUCCAGGUGACGCCCAGCAUUGACGUUCUGGACUCCGCCGCCGUCCCAGGAACCGCUGCCCCACCAGCACAACAGCCAACCACCAACAACAGCACCCAGUCAGAGAGCAGCACAGAGGAGCUGGCGGGGUCUGAGUCCAGCCUCAACACCUCCCUCACCAUGUCCCCUCCUCAGCCUCACCCCCACAGAGGCCCCACGGGGGUCCUCCAGAAGGUGGAGCGGCCGGCGGGAUGGGCUUUGAGCCAGCAGCAGCAGCAUCAGCAUCAUAACCGGAACGAUGACAUAGAAGAUGAGGAGGAGGACGGCGAGGUCUUGGGCGAGCGCUCGAGGGUAAGGAAGCGGGGUCGGAGGAGGACCUGCAGCCUCAGCCUGAUGGGGACCUCGGCGGACAGCGGGCUGUCGGUGACUGCCGCUGAGAUGGAGGGGAGGCUGUGGGACGGAGCGGCGGGCAGCCCGCAGUACAGCAACGCUCUUCACAACCUGUGGUUGACAACUUACAACCGCAGCGGGCCCUACAUGAGCACCGACGACUCGGACAGCGAGGACGAAGAGAUGAUGGAGGAGCUUCAGGAACUCAGAGAAAAACACCUGUCGGAGGUUCAGGCUCUGGAGGCCGAACAGAAGCGAGAGAUCGAGGAGCUGUACGCGAGGAUGGGGAAGGUUCCUCCUCCGGGCAUCGUCUCUCCUGCAGCCAUGCUGUCCAGCCGGCAGCGCCGCCUCUCCAAAGGCAACGGAUUCCCCUCGUCCCGCAGGAACAGUCUGCAGCGCGUGGACAUACUGCCUCUCCAAGGUAUCAUCAGAAGAAACUCUCUGGGAGGCAGCAGCAGCGGCUCGCAGGAUAAACCCAGUAAAGGCGUCACUUUUGCCACCGACAUCAGUAGAAUGUAAGAACUGGGCCAAGAACUCUGAAUAUCUGGACUACCUCAUCUGAAGUGCGACUGCAAGAGGUCAAACUCCUUCAAAACCCUCUCACUGGCCACAACCGACCAACAAACCGCGCCUCUCCGUUGGUGAUCACACGUUGCCGCCCGCUGCUCACUUUACCUCACGUGCACAGAAGCCGUUACUGUUGACGCCGGAGCCGACGCAGGACCAAACCCAGUUCCCGAUCCGGUUCACGAUCACUCCCAGAGGCUCAAACUUAACUCCGCCGCAGUCCUCUGCUGAAACCGUCUCCCUCCUGAUGCAACGACGCGGUCGAGCGACGGUGCCGUGCGCCGCAGAGGCGUGUGCCGUCUUACCGUGAUGCUGACCAAGAGUGACAGUCAGAAACUGUUUUCCCCUGCUUGUCUGACUUGAUGCUGUUAAUAACACGGUAACAGAAGCCCCAGUGAGGCCGACACCAUUGCUGUACUUUAUAAUUAACUCAGCUCAUCUGCUGAAUGAACAGUGAAUGCAUUCUCAUUCAGCAGGGCGCCGGUUGUUUCCCCUUUUCUCGGGCUGAUGCGACGAAUCUAACCGCGUUGUAUUCAGAUUCGUUCAAAAAAAAAAAAAAAAGGGUACCUUUUAAUGCCUGCGUCCUGGCGGGAUGAGACGGUAUGAAAAUGUGACGCGUUAACUUUCUGUUGUACAAAUUGUCUCUCACCAAGACGAGGGAGCUGGUGCAGAGAGCAUUGCAUUAUUUUAAACGUGUGAUAAUUCUCUAGCUGGGUGAAAUUGUUUCUAAACUACUGGCUUUCCUGUCGACUGUAACAUGUGUAUAUACCUGAAUGCAUUUAUUAUAGCUCAUGUUUACAAGUUCAAAAGUAAACAAAAAUAUGUCCGGUACCAUAAAUCCUUUUUGAGCAGACAAAAAAAAAAAAAGAAGACAUGUAGGUGCAUCAAUAUAAAUUAAAAUUGAAGUAAAUUUAUUUUAGUAAUUCAAUUAAACAGAAAUACAACUCUUGAUAUAGAUUCAUUACGCACUUGUUACAGCGAAUUAACAAAGUUCUUAAUCGGAAAUUGCUUUUUCUUUAUCAAAUUGUUCUACAGUAUAACACUCAAAACUUUGAGGCUUCUUUUGCAUGAACUAAUCAAUUUGCCACAUUUUUUUUCCUUCCACCAAGUUUUCCUUAAAGAAGUUUGGAUGGUGCACUCUGAAGAGCUGCUUUGUUACCUACCGUGUGACGAGUGACAGCGACUGACAACUGUCCUGUCAGUAGUCUAAUGCGUCAUUGUGUAGGUCAUUAAAUUUUCUGAUUGGACACAUCGCAGAGUGAGCAAUGAGUCUGAGUUUAACGGUUUGAACUGAAUUACUGAAAUAAACAUUUUUGAUUUUAUUCUAUUUUGAGAUGUACUUGUUUGUGUAUUUUAUAGAUCAAGCACCUUGUGCACUUUAGCAGAAUUAUUUUUUUUUUCUCUCAAGUCGUUUUAACAACAUAUUUGUGGGUUAAAAAAAAAAAAAAAAGAAGAUCUGUCCCGCUUCGAUUCGGACUGUGCUCAAGAGUCCAAGCUGUGAAUCUGUAGCUGUUGCCUUAGACGCAGGAUUUUUUUCCCUCGGCAGACAAACUCCUGAAAUGCAUUAAAAAUGUUGAAUGUAAAUACUGUAUGUACUCGUAUUGCUUUCUGAAGCUGCUGUCCUGCCAAGCUGAAUCUGUGCCUUUCUCUUACAAUGUCUUACUUUAUAUUUUUAUUCUAGAUCAGAUUCUCUAUAUAAAUAAAUUUUAAGCAAAAUAAAUGCAACUGUAAAUA